AUGUGGGUCAACGGCAGUGCCAGCUUAGCUGCAGAAAUCUACCAGCUGUAUGCCUUGGUGCUACAGCUCGUCGAUAGAAGAAGCAUUUUUUAUUACAAUCCCGGCAGGCUGGACUGUGACUGGCAGCGGUGGCAGCCGCGGGGCAGCUUGAGCGGCCAACCGCAGUGGGUGUGGCACAAUCGAGUGCCCUUUGCCCAGCUGAAAGAGCAACAGACCAGCGAGCUGUUUGUUUUGGCCUGCUUGCCAGCGAGCUUUGACGUGUCCGGCCUAGCUGGGUUAUCUGCGAGUCUGAAUCACCUGAGAGAUAUGCCUGUCCUCAUUGAGCUAUUGGACAGCAGCGCUAUUCAUCAAUCGAACAAGGACUUGUUGGCUAGUCAAGUCCUGGCCUAUUGCCUGAAGAAUUCCAUGCUCAAUGUGGCGCUUUACUUUCAGCAAGACAGAAGCCAUUUGACUCUGUACAGCUUCUCAGCAUUCCCCAGAUUCAGGCUGAUCAAACGAAACCUACUGCACUCUAGAUUAGCUGGAGGAGAAAAUGAACUCUUUCCUGACCAGUUGGCCAAUCUUGGAGGCUACACUGUGCGCAUCAUGCCUGGUUAUUCCGAACCAACUUCAAUCAUUCAGCGCGAUGCAAACGGAGAGCAACGUAUUUCGGGCUACGGAUGGCGCUUGAUGGAGACAUUUGCGCAGAAGAUUGGGGCCAAUAUUUCAAUCGUCUUGCCCACUUGGCGGCGGGGGAGAAUCUUAACCGAGGCCUAUAUGUUGGAGUUCACAAGGAAUGGAAGCAUCGACUUUGGUCUGAUCAAUACACAAAUGACCCACAAAUUUAAGAGCAGGUACUAUCAAUACUCGUAUCCCCUCUUUUAUGGCGGCUGGUGCAUUAUGUUGCCGAUCAAGCGUCACAUAGACCUGCGGGUCGUAUUCAUGAGAGUCCUGGAGGCAAAGGCAUUGGCUCUGCUACUCAUCAGUUUAGGCUCCUGCUAUUUUUUGCUCCAUGUGGAUCGCAUGAUCGUUCCAGCUUGGCUUCGCUAUUGCUUACGUAGACUGCGGAUAACACCCUGGAUACUAGCUCUCCUAGUGCUGUGCGCCUGCCAGGCCCAGUUGUUUUCAUUGAUCAUCAUGUGUCCCAUGGAAGCACCCAUUGACAGCUUUGACACCUUGCUAGCAUCGAAUCUGCGUAUUUUUGCUCUGCGCGAGGAAUUCGACGACUUGGACGAUGAAUUCCGCGCCAGAUAUGCGUUAGCAUUCAGGUUGACUGGAAAUCUCACGAGGUUUUUCCAGCUGCGAAAUAGCUUCAACACGAGCUGGGCCUACCCAAUCACAGCCGUCAAAUGGGUCGUAAUGAAUGAGCUGCAGAGCUACUUUCAAAGGCCGGUCUUUCGCUACUCUGAGCUGUGCUUGUCGCAGAACUAUCCCUACAGCAUCCUGUUGGCCGACGAGUCCAUAUUCCGCAGAAGAUUGAUGAUGUUCACCAUGAGAUCGCGCUCGUCCGGCCUCAUCAAUUAUUGGAUGCGACACAGCCUCAUCGAUAUGGUCAAAGCUGAUCGCAUGAAAAUCAAGGACUACAGCACGCCCAGCCAGGUGCAGCCGCUGCGACUGCAGGACCUUCGUUAUGUGGCACUCUGCCUUGGCGUCGGCUUACUUCUGGCAGCCACUGUGUUCGUGGCUGAGCUGCUGCCGUUCUAUGUCAAUGUGUGGCUGGAUAGCUUGUAG